UCCUCGUUUCGCUAAGAUUGCGCCAUCCGCCGAAGUCAACUUGCAGUGUCCCGCGGACCCGAGGAAGUCUGUCGAAAAUGAAAAUGAUACUAACUGCUUUCCACCUAUUCCUGCUUCCCCACUGCGCCUCUCAAUUGACAGUGCUCAGGGUUGAGUCCAGCCCUGCACCCAAUGGAAGUGUGGUGAGCUCAGAGGAGGGCAUGACAGUGUCUCUCACCUGUCUCGUUGAGAACGUGGAGGUCCAUCCUGGACCAGAGCUACGGUGGUUACGGAACAAGUCACCAGUCCUGCUGCAGGAGGAGAACCGAUUGACCCGGAGCAGCUUGUGCCUGCAGUCAGUAUCUCGGGAGGAUCAUGGUGUCACCUUCACGUGCCAACUCCAGAGCAAUGCCAGCGUCAAUGCCUCCAGGCAGCUCCAGGUGUUUUUCACUCCAGAGCUCUCUGGCACAGAGAAUGUCACUGCAGAGGAAGGUAGCUCAGUGACCCUCGUAUGCGACACCUACUCAAACCCCCAGGUAACAGUGAGCUGGCAGCAAAACGGUGAAGCUCUGGACUUGUCCAGCGGCGGAUUUGUUCUGGUCCACGACAGGCGGGAGUCUCGCCUCUCCAUGGCUCAGCUUCAGCGCUCCACCCAUGAGGCCCAGUACAGCUGUAUGGUCUCCUCCCCCAUGUUUGGAACCAGAACCAAGUUCUUCCUGCUGACAGUGAAAGAUAUGAAGAUGAAAUUCCCCCUGGCACCAGUAAUCGCUGGAAUAGUCGUGGUCACCUGCACUGCCCUUUUGGCCUUCAUUUCGAGGUGGAAGAGGAUCACCAAGUGCUGCAGGUAGAGAAUUGUCCACACAGCUUGACACCUGGUAUGGGCCAUCGAGCCCCAACGGGCCCAGUCACUGAAUCCUAAUAAAACCGC